AUGAGUCUAGUGGGCGGCUUCCCCCACCACCCGGUGGUGCACCAUGAGGGCUACCCUUUCGCUGCCGCCGCCGCCGCCGCCGCCGCCGCCACCCGCUGCGGCCACGAGGAGAACCCCUACUUCCACGGCUGGCUCAUCAGCAGCCACCCGGAGAUGUCCCCCCCCGACUACAGCAUGGCUCUGUCCUACAGCCCCGAGUACGCCAACGGGGCGCCGGGCAUGGACCACUCCCAUUACGGGGGGGUGCCGCCCGGGAACGGCCCGCCCGGGCUCGGGGGGCCCCGGCCGGUGAAACGCAGGGGCACGGCGAACCGCAAGGAGCGGCGCAGGACUCAGAGCAUCAACAGCGCCUUCGCGGAGCUGAGGGAGUGCAUUCCCAACGUGCCCGCAGACACCAAGCUCUCCAAGAUCAAAACCCUCCGUCUGGCCACCAGCUACAUCGCCUACCUCAUGGACCUGCUGGCGAAGGACGACCAGAACGGGGAGGCGGAGGCUUUCAAGGCUGAGAUCAAGAAGACAGACGUGAAGGAAGAGAAGAGGAAGAAAGAGCUGAACGAAAUCUUGAAAAGCACAGUUAGCAGCAACGAUAAGAAAACCAAAGGGAGGACUGGCUGGCCGCAGCAUGUCUGGGCUUUGGAGCUCAAGCAGUGAGCACGGCAGGACUGGAGGAGCCGUCCUCUUAGUCUCGGUAGUGAGCGCUCCUCUGAGGACUCUUUGUAUUUGGAAUAAUCCAGUUUAUUUAUGUGCAAUUUCUCCCCCAACCCCCCAAAAUGUGGAUAUUUGAAGGAGAGGGAAAAAGCAUUCCAUAUAUGAAGAGGAAACUCCAGCUUGGUAAGGGGUAAAGUCUCUAAAUGUUUCGUGAAUGUUAAUUGCUCUGUAUAAAACACGUGGGGAAAACAGAACCGUAGAAAAGGAAAAAAAAAUCCCUCCCUGGCAUUAGUGUGUAUGUGAAGUGUAUCUUUAAUACUUGGCCUUUUGGAUAUAAAUAUUCAUGGGAUUAUAAAGCUAUAUUUCAACAGAAGCAGUUGCACCAAUGUUUCGAUUGACUCGGUAUUUAGUGUUGUAAUUUUGUUGUGGUCGUUCAGUAUUUGAAGAUGUUUUCAACAGUUAUUGGUUAUGUGCACUUCCGUCCGUAAGGGAAAAAGUGGAAUCUAAUUAAUAUUGAAGGUGUAAACGUUGUAAGUACUCAAUAAACCACUGUGUGUGUUUUUUACAAAACAAAAGAAAAAAAAAGAAAAAGGAAAAAAAAAAGAAAAUCCAAAUCUUUUUAUGUUUUAUACCUCAAAAUGUUUUGAAUAGCAGCGUUGUUUAUGGCCUUUUUUUUCAUAAUAUUUAAAAUAUUCGGAAGUAAA